AUGGCCCGCAAGAAGGGUAAAGCUUGGAGAGCAAAACGUAGGAAAAUUUCUCGAAAAAAUUCAGCCCGUAAAAGCAAUGAACUAUCCAGUUCAAAAACAUCCGGCCAAAGAUCAUCCGGUCCAAGACCAUCCAAUCCAAAACGAUCCGAUCCACAACCAUCCGAUCAAGAAUCAUCCGAGACAGAAUCAACCGAGACAGGAUCAUCCGAUCAAGAAUCAUCAGAUUCAGAACAACCAGAACCAUCAGAUCCAGAAAUAGCUGGUCCAGAAGCAUCAGGUCCCGAUCCAAGGCCACCUGAACCAGGACCAUCUACCAGUGCAGUGGCAACAGAUUCAGACAAUAAACCACCCGAGAAAAGUCCAGAGGAACAGAGGCGUGAAAUUACACGAAAGUUUUGUGAAGUGCUAAUGUCAACUUUAAGCAUAUUCAACUUCGGAGAGAAAAAUAAUAUACCAACUGAAGUUCUAAUGCUAAUUUUCAUAAAGGGUAGAUGGAGAAAAAAUCCAGAAAUACUACUACCGAGCUGGGUUAAACAUUAUAAUAAAUUCGGUAGAAUAGAUGGACCAGGAUUUAAUUAUAUGCGAAGAGAUUUUCGUAUCAUAAGAAUUGAAGUAUCAGCUAAUAUUAAAAGAUUAAUUAAAAAAUUUCCAUUUGGAUGCGAAGAAGAAAAUGAAAUUACCUCAGAGAAUAAAGAGACUGAGAAAAAUGGUUCAAAUCAAGAAAAGGAUGAAAAAACCGAAGAGACUAAUGCAAAAGAAGAAGUAAUAACUGAACAGUCUACUUUAAUGGAGAAUGUGACAAGUGAAGAGAAUGUGACAAGUGAAGUGAAUGUGACAAGUGAAGGGAAUGUGACAAGCGAAGUGAAUGUGACAAGCGAAGUGAAUGUGACAAGCGAAGAGAAUGUGACAAGCGAAGAGAAUGUGACAAGCGAAGAAUUUAGUUCAGAGGAGAAUGUGACAAACGAAGAAUCAAAUGAAGAUGAAGAAAAUGAAGAAUCUGGAUCAGAAACGGAUGAGGAAGAUGAGGACAAAGAGGAUAAUAAGGUAUCUAGUGAUGAAGACGAUGAUAGCUGUAAUAUGCCAGCAACCUUAUUAACCGAAUUACGACAAGAUUAUGUCAAAAAAUCCGCUGCGGCUAAUAUUGCUCUCGAAAUAAUUUGCAUGUCUAAAACACUAAUACGUUUGUUUAUUUUUGAAAAGCAUCAGAUGGUAACUGAAUGGGAAAUGGCUAAGGAAGCAUACCUUUUACGAACCUUAGAUUGGAGAUUAGCACCAGGAAUGAAAAUUCUUUGUGAAGAAAUAGCCAAGGAAAUGAUUGAGAUUGAUAAGGCUCUCGAAGCUAUUUUAUGUUUGGUACGAUAUGAAAUGGCAUCAAAUUUGAUGGAAAAACUUGAGGAAUGCUUCGGAACUGAACUGCAGGAGAAGAAAUGUGUUCCACGUAAGAAAGGUCACGAAGAAGAGGAAGAUGACGGUAAUGAUAAAAGGGAAGAAGAAAAAGGUGAGGAAGCAGAAAGAAGAGAAAUUUUGGCGCAUUCUUCAACAGAGUCGAAAAAUGUUGGUCGGAUGGAAAAAAGUGAACAAUCUGAGGAUGAUAAUGAUGACGAUGAUGAUGAUGACGAUGAUGAUGACGAUGAUGAUGAUGACGAUGAUGACGAUGAUGACGAUGAUGAUGAUGAUGAUGAUGAUGACGAUGAUGAUGAUGACAAUGAUGGUGAUGACGAGGAUGGUGAUAAUAUGAUCGAUAAUGAGAGAAAAACGGAAGAAAUUGUUAAUAAAAAAAAAAAGAAAUGA